UUUUUUGUCCCAUUUUAUAUGCUUGAUUCCGUUGACUCAAAAUUCAUAUUUUUGAAAUAUUUAGCUUAGUGUAUGAAAGGUACUAUUGUUGAUUGUAAUUUAUGCUUAAAAGCUAGGGAAGUAGGGAGUACAUUAAAAGUAGUGUUUAUUGGAUUAUGAUAAGACUUUUAACUCUCCCCGUGCUGUGUAGAUAGAUAUGCUUAUUCGUUGAUUCUGUAAACUUCCAAUUCAUUACUUUUUUCUGUUUGUUUGAAUUGAAAUUGAAUUGCCUAUUCUGAGCUUUGAAUUACUGGAAUAACUCCUACACUUAUAAUAUUCUGAUCUGGGCUAUGCUAUGAUUUUGAUAUUCCAUUGAUGUUUGAUUUCCUAGCUUAUUCUUGAAGUUUGAGUUAUAUUUACUUUCUGUGCGAAUUGAAACAGGGUAGAAUCUGGGGUUUGAUUCAAUAUGAAAGUGUUUUGGGCAUUGAUAUUGGCAGUUUUAUACUGUGGGUAUUUGCCCCAAGGCCAAGGGGUUAACUCAAUUCUUUCUGCAAGGCCUAGGGUUGUGAACAUUGGGUGUAUUCUUACGUUGAGGUCUCCCGUCGGUAAAAUUACAAAAUUGGUAAUAGAAACUGCAGUAGAAGAUAUCAAUUCUAAUCCAGCUGUUCUUGGAGGAACCAAAUUGAAUAUCACCUUCCUUGAUAACAACUCCAAUGGAUUGCUGGGGAUAAUUGAAGCUAUACACUACAUGGGGACCGACACCGUGGCCAUAAUUGGGCCCCAAUCUUCAGUCAUAGCUCAUGCGAUUUCCCACAUCGCGAAUGAGAUCCAUGUCCCUCUAUUGUCUUUCUCUGCCACUGAUCCUGCUCUCUCUUCCCUUCAGUAUCCAUUCUUUGUCAGGACGUCACCAAAUGAUAUGUUUCAGAUGGCUGCAAUAGCAUCAAUUGUCGAAUACUAUAACUGGAAAGCAGUGAUUGCUAUAUAUGUAGACGAUGAGUAUGGAAGGAGUGGCAUUGCUGCAUUAUCCGAUCAACUGGCUAUGAGGCGAUGUCGGAUCUCUUGUAAAGCGCCUCUGAAACCUCGAGCAACAUUGGAAGAAGUGAGGGAUACCUUAUCUCAGCUGGCUUUAACUGAAUCACGAAUCAUUGUUGUUCACACUUAUCCUUAUAGGGGACUGGAUAUAUUUUCUCAGGCGAAGAGUUUAGGAAUGACAGAAAGUGGGUAUGUGUGGAUUGCUACGCAUUGGCUCUCCACUAUCUUUGACACCAUAGGUCCCCUUUCUCCAGACGUAAUGGACAAUAUUCAAGGAACUAUUACAUUACGCACAUAUGUUCCAGAUUCAGAAGGAAAGAGGAAGUUCGUCUCUAGGUGGAGCGAUUUGGCCAAAAGAAUUAAUGAUAGUAAUACUACUUUAGGGAUGUGCACUUAUGGUUUAUAUGCUUAUGACACUGUGUGGCUGCUUGCUCGUGCUCUUGAUGCAUUCUUUAAACAGGGUGGAAACAUUUCAUUUUCUAUAGAUCCUCGAGAGGACUUUAAUCUUUAUUCUAUGAACGUCUUUGAUGGAGGGAAGUUAUUGGUGGACAGCAUUUUGAAGACCAAUAUAACCGGGGUGACAGGACUAUUCAAAUUUACCUCGGAUAGGGAACUCUAUCGCCCUGCGUUUGAAGUUAUUAAUGUGAUUGGAAGUGGAAUGAGGAGAGUUGGUUACUGGUCUAAUGACUCUGGGUUAUCAGUAGUGCAUCCUGACUCUCUCGACUCUUAUCCGUCAAGUCGUUUACCUUCUCAAAAACUAUAUCCCGUGGUCUGGACUGGAGAAACAGUACAGAAACCUCGAGGGUGGGUCUUUCCAAACUCUGGGAGGCCACUGAACAUAGGGGUCUCUAUCCAAGCCGGCCUUAAUGAAUUUGUUGAACAAAUACCAGGUACUGAUAUGUUCCAAGGGUACUGUAUUGAGGUCUUCACAACUGCACUAAACUAUUUGCCAUAUGCUGUACCAUACAAAUUUGUCCCCUUUGGAGAAUCUAACAAUACACAACUCCUGCGCCAAAUCACUCAAGGGGUUUAUGAUGCAGGUGUGGGUAUCAUUACAAUCACAACUAGUCGGAUAGAAAUGGUUGAUUUUACACAACCUUAUAUGGAGUCAGGCCUAGUUGUGGUGGCACCAUUUCGAGAGAGUGGCUCUAGUGCUUAUUGGGCUUUUCUUAGGCCAUUUACUCCUACGAUGUGGUGUGUCACCGGAAUGUUUUUUCUUCUCAUUGGUGCAGCGAUUUGGAUUUUGGAGCACAGAAUGAAUGACGAUUUUCGUGGACCUCGUAGAAAGCAAAUUGAAAUUAUUGUUUGGUUUGGUUUUUUGACAUUUUUCUCUGCCAACAAAGAAAACACAUUUAGAAUUGUGAGCAGCUUAGGACGGCUUGUCCUUAUGGUAUGGCUAUUUGUGGUUUUAAUAAUAAACUCUAGUUACACAGCCAACCUUACCUCAAUCCUCAUGGCUCAACAUCUUUCUUCCCCAAUCAAAGGAAUUGAAAGUUUGUUAACAACAAAUGACCCCAUUGGCUACCACCGCGGUUCAAUUGCUCGCGAUUAUAUGAUUCAAGAACUCCACAUUCAUGAAUCCAGGCUAGUUCCUUUUAACGGGAUACAAGAUUUUGCUAAAGCUUUAAGAAAUGGUCCCAAAAAAGGCGGUGUUGUGGCUGUCGUAGGCUACCGUGCUUAUAUGGAACUCUUCCUCUCAACCCACUGUGAAUUCUGUAUCGUUGGCGAUGAGUUCACCAGAAACGGAUGGGGAUUUGCCUUUCCCAAAGACUCUCCUCUGGCAGUUGACAUGUCAACUGCAAUUCUGGAAUUGUCAGAGAAUGGAGAGCUUCAAAUGAUCCAUGACAAGUGGCUGCUGGGAAGGGCUUGCAUGUCGCAAAACACAAAGCUUCAAGUGAAGCAGUUUGAAGUGAAGAGCUUCUUAGGGCUUUUCUUAAUGUGUGGAUUUGCAUGCCUUUUAGCUUUGCUGCUGCACUUCAUUAUGGCAAUACGCCACUUGAUUACUUCAAGCUAGCUAUCUAGCUAGUAGUGUAUAUAUAAGGGUAUGUGUAUAAUAUAUAAGAUGCAUGCAAAAUAAUUUAUAUAGAGAGAAUCAAAUUUUCAUGCGUAUAUAUAAGGGU